UUUGACCAGGGUUUAUUUUCCUUAAUUAAACAAUGAUAAAUAUUUUCUUAGGUGAUGGUAACAAAUAGCCCAAGCACACAUGAAUUACUUUUUUUUUUUAACAAAGGAGCUGGAGAGUUAUCAUUGAGCAAAGGUUGGAAUCUGUAUAUUGGUGGUUCCUUAACUCAGUGGCUCUUAAAUUUCAGCUUGAAUCAGAAUCACCUGGAGGGCUUGUUGAAGUACACCUUGCUGGGCCUCAAGCCCAGAUUUCUGAUUCAGUAGAUUUGGUACAGGCUAGGAAUUGCUUUUCUAAGAAGUUUCCAAGUGAGGCUGAUGCAGCUGGUCAAGGGACCCCAAUUUGAGAAUCACUGCUUUAACUCAUGUGCUUGAAAUAAUGAAAAAGGUAGAAAACUGUAUAUACUUGAGUAAUAAAUAGCAUUAAAUUAAGAAAUUUAAUGCUUUGCUUAAUACACUGACUUAUGUCUCAGAAAAGAGUUUUAAGGUUCACUUAGCACCUUCACAUUUGGAAGUCCAGCCCAGUUGAUGCCAUUAUUCUGUGCCAGCUUUACCCCAGAGCUGCUAGUACCAGCCAUUCUUUGCCCCUGGUUUUCAACAAGUGUGACUAAUAGUGCUGUUAUUAGGCUAAAACAACAGCUACAGUCCUUUUGCAGGUGUGCUCAUCAUGCUUUUAGACACACUCAAAAGAGAAAAUCUUUUUUCCCCUGAGUUGGGAAAUACAUUGUUCCCUUUCAGAGUGAGUCAUCAUAGCAUUAUCCCUCCCCUCACACACUUAAAUGUGAUUUGAUUUACAAAACACAUGUGGGACAGAAAGGCAAACAUCACAUGUUCUCACUUACUCAUGGGAUCUAAAAGUCAAAACACUUGAACUCCUGGACAUAGAGAGUAGGAGGGAUAGCUACCAUAGGCCAGGAAGGGUAGUGGGGGUUGGGGGCAGGGCAUGGAGGUGGGAUAGUUAAUAGGUACAAAAAAAAAUAGAAAGAAUGAAUAUGGCCUACUAUUUGAUAGUACAGUAGAGUGACUAUAGUCAAUAAUAACUUACAUUUUGUAGUAAAGAGUGUAAUUGGAUUGUUUGUAACUCAAAGGAUAAAUGCUUGAGGGGGUGGAUACCCCAUUCUCCAUGAUGUGCUCAUUUCAUAUUGCAUGCCUGUAUCAAAACAUCUCAUGUACUCCGCAAAUAUACACACCUACUGUAUACCCACAAAAGUUCAAAAUAAAAAAACACACACACAUGGGAAGGGAAGCACACCUCCAAUGAGUAACCCAAGCCAGCAAGUCCAGGUUUUGUGAGAUUCUAAGUUCUCAAGACUGAAAAACUUUGCGAAUCAUCAUGUUGUGAUUGUUAGCUUUCGAACAGGCCCGUUGCCUAACUGCUGAGGACAAGAACAGUUUAUUCCACGUUAAUGGAAAAAAGUAGAAGAGUUUGACUAAACAAAUGUACAUUUGGACACAUGUAAGCAUACAUACAAAUGUACAUGUGUACCUGUGAAUAGAUACAUGCAUUGUAUAUUUCUGAGCUUUGACUGUAGGAAUUUGAAACAGCAUUUUUUCUUUUGUUUCAUUGAGUCGAUGUGAGUGUAAAAAUAGUAUGAGUGAUACUGUCCAGGAAACAUUUGAGAAAUUUCUGGGCAUUUUAAAUCUGUGGAUAAGCACUGUGAUUUAUAACAUUUUACUUGGAUAUGGUAGAUGUUAUCAUUCAGAGUAGCGCUUAGGAUUUACAGUUCUCUUAUUAUAACUCUCUGGAGUUGAGAAUAAUCACUGUUAAUAAAGCAAUUGCCAAGCAAAGAAAGAACAUAUGUAUUGCCUCAACAUUAAUAGAGUCAAAAAUCCUGGAGAUAGACUUAAAUGUACAGUAGGUGUAUGUUAAAAUGUUUAAAAUAAAACCCACAAUAUCAGAAAAAUAAGACAAAAACCAGUAAGUGUUAAAAGUGAUCUAUAAUGGAAUUAACCCAGAGGUGCCUCCUGGGGGCUGCUCAAAGGGUAACAGGGCUGGGAUUAGGGCUGAUAGAGUUGUGAGUGAUGUAAUUAUUAUUACUCCACCCUCAAAAAUAUGCCAUCUCCAACAAGCACUAGUUUAUUCUGCACUGCAUUCCUGGAAGGAAGGUUAUCAGUUUAUGAGACAUCUUCACCAUAAAGUGAAAGAAGGAGGUUGGAUCAAAUGCCCCUUAGCGCCCUCUCCUGCUCUGCCACUCUGCAGAUCUCCACGUUUACACAUCCAGUGUUCCUGUGGGAUGACCUUUGCUGUCAGUCAGUUUCCUGUCUACAGGUCAGGAAGGAAAGAAGUUGUCAUGACUCCUUAGGUGAAUCAUGGCUUCAGGCUCCUGCUGGAUCUGGCAGGACCUGCCUGGAUCACUCCCCAUGUCUUUGGACGAGCGUUCAGUCACCGAGUGAGUAGGGUGCCUAUAAAACUGAAUCUUGUGGGGCAGAGGGCGACAGGGGGCAUGUGGGAAACUUCUAUACUUUCUGGUCAGUUUUACUGUGAACCUAAAACUGCUCUUUAAGAUAAAGUGUAUCUAUUUAAAAAAUUAAAUACUAAACAGUAUGACAGUUCCUCAAAAAAAAUUAAACAGGAUUACCAAGUGAUCCAGCAAUUCCACUUCUGGGUAUAUACCAAAAAAAGUGAAAGUAGGGAAUUGAGCAGAUAGAUGUGUGUACAACCAUGUUCAUAGCAGCAUUAUUCACAGUAGCCAGAGGUGGAUGCAACCCAGGUGUCCAUCUACAGAUGAAUGGAUAAACAAAAUGUGGUGUAUAUUAAUACAUACGAUGGAAUAUUAUUCAGCCUUUAAAAAGAUGAAAUUCUGACACAUGCUAACGACAUGGAGGAACCCUGAAGAUGCUAAGUGAAAUAAUCCAGACACAAAAAGGCAAAUAUUAAAUAUCUCAUUUAUAUGAGAUACCCAGAACUGUCAGAUUUACAGAGUCAGAAAGUAGAAUGGUGGUUGCCAGGGGAUGGGAGGAGGGAAAAAUUGAAAGUUGUUGUUCAAUGGAUAUUAAGUAUCAGUUUGGGAAGAUUGGAGAGUUCCGGAGAUGAAUGAUGAUGACAGUUGCACAACAAUGUGAAUGUAUUUAAUGCCACUGAAAUGCACACUUAAAAAUGGGUAAAAUGGUAAAUUUUAUGUUGUAUAUAUUUUACAUAAUUUUUUAAAGCUUUCCUCCUAAGAAUGCUGUGCAGAAUCACUAGCUAGUGCUUGAUAGGGAUGCUGCAGUUUGUGAGGGUGCAGGAAGAACAGAUCAUUAUGUCUCUCACACCUCCCUCAUCCCUGUUACCCUUUGGGCAGCCUUUAGAAGACAACAAAGGUAAGGGAUCCACUGAAUGGUAUAUACUUCAGUCCCAGGAAUGAGUUUCCUAUCAGAGUAAAGACACAGUUGUCAGAAGCCAUCAAGGGAAUUUGCCUUAAACAACUGUGGUCUCUACUAAAAUGCCAUUUACACAUCUAGAAGACCUGCUUCACUGGGGCGAAGGAAAGCAUGAGCCACCCAUGCUCCAGCAGUGGGGCUGCUCCAGUUCCUCCAGAUGGGUGUUUGUAAACCAGUCCAUGCACAGAGCACGGAGAGAGUCCCGGAGCUGUGUGCCUCACUGUGGCUUCUGAAAGGUCUUAAUCAGCGGAGGUGGACAUGGAGGCAGGAACCAGGGAAUGCAGACUUCCCGUAGAUUCCAGCGCAGUAGAAAAUGAAAGCUGUGAGAGGAAAUCCACAGCAGAUAGUUCUCCUGCUGUAGGGCCUGUGAUUAUUAUGAUGCCUGUUUUACAUUCUCCAAGUGAAGCAGGAUUUAUCCCCCAUCACCAAAUCUCUGUACUUAUGGGUAUUAUCGUACCCGUAAGUCACAGACAGGUUAGUGAGUGGCCGGUAGUCCUGUGAGGAACACACAGGAUGGAACUCACUAGGUUAGUCCAUUGUACCCUACUUUUUUUGGCUUUUGUGUUUUAUUCUACAUUUCUAGAAAUUUGGCUUUGAAGAACAAUCAACAGUUUUACGGGGCCCAGUAGCCAUACUUUAUUCAGGUCGUCUUCACUUUACCCUCUACCCCUAGGGCUGACCAGGGGUUAGAAUUCCUGAAGAGUCAUCUAUAAGGAUCCAUGGUUUCAAAAAGUUCACAAACUGCUAUCCUAAAUUAUCCUACUAUCUCCUUAAGAUACCAGUAUAUAUAUAGUCUGUUACAGAGGCCCUAUAGCAGAACCAUUAUAUAUAAUUUUGCUUAAGGAAAAGGUGUAACUGAAAAGAGGUAAAAUGAAUUUGUUAAAGUACAAUAUAUAUAAAUUAGUCCACUCAUUCUCAUGCCAGACUUUCCAAACCUGCUUAGAAAGAAACUCUUCAUGAUUUUCACUUAGGUAUUGGAAAACGGGCGAAGGAAAAGAGGUUUCUGAGUCAGUUGCUAUGGGGAGCCGCUGAGAUACCAAAAAAAAAAAAAACUGGAAUUAAAGGUUUUUGUAGAGGAGAAAAUUCAGGUCAGCAAGUCUAAGGGAGAGGAAAGUAAGGGCUUAUUCAUCUUUGACAUCCACCCUAAGCUUCAGUUGAAAGGGCAUGGAUAUGGAAUCUAAUCAAAAUAAAUUCCCCCCCCCAUGAGUUCAUAGACCAGAAUUUUUAGAUAGACACACUGACACAUUUUCCACAGAGAAGAGCAUCAAACCAGCAGUCACCGAGACAAAAUGACAUAAAGUAGAGAAGACCAACAAAGACAGACCCUAGUGGAAUCUCCUUGUGUCCUUGUCUCAUCAUUCGCAGGAAUCAGAUGUGCCUGGUUCCAGACAUUGAAUUUGUGUUUGCUGACGGCUUUGCUACCUGGAACCCAACUAGCCAGAACCCUGAAUUAGCUAACCUUCAUACUUCCCCACCCCCUCCCCUUCCCUCCCACACACCCCACCCUACCGCACACACCACACUUCCCUUUUUCAGCGAUGAAGAAAACAAGAUAGCUUUGGUUUUGAGUAAAGGUAGGGUGUAAACCCUGGAGGAUACUUGUAGCUGAUGACACUGACCUGCUGAAUCAUUGAGAAUGGUUAGAUGUUUUAUAAAGAGGAAAAGAAACUGCUUUGGAAAAACUUCAACAAAAAGCAUUUUCUAGUUGUCAAUUAACCAGAAAAUCAAAAUAAUAAAAAAUAUUCUUGUCCUCAAAUAGUCUAAUUAACUGAGGUUUUAGUAUACCUAUUUCCAUGCUUUAAUAAUAAUCUAAAAAUUUUGACUGAGGAUAGAACAAUAUACCAUUCAUUUUUAUUCUUCUCGAGAAACUGCAAGUUUUGGCUUUUACCACCUUUCCAGUGCCAGAGGUUAAAUGUUAAAUGUUCUGUUUGUGUUAAGCACUCUAAAAGUUGUGAUAUUACUGCUUUUAAAACUAAUAUAUGAAACCAUUUUAUGAACCUAUGUAUUUAGCUCCUAUAGUCAUUGGGAACCAACGGCAUACUUUUGAAGCCAAUUCUGUUUCUUUUUAAAAAAUAAAAAGAACCUAUGAUAUGAUUAUUUGUAAUAUUCCAUUUCAGAUUCAGAUUAUGUUCUGCUCAAGAGAUCAUCAAAAUUAAUUUUCAUUCUCUGCUAAUGGUACAGAGAGGAGUGAUGUUACCAGCAUGGUUGUAUACAUUAAUAUAUAAAUCAAAAAUUUCAAAAGAUAAUUCUCUGAGUCGUGAGUCUCCAAAUAAUCUAUGUUUUAUUAUAAAGCUGCCUGCCCAGUGACAUCAGUUGUAGUACAAAUUGUUUAUCAAUUUAUUCUAAUAGUUUCCAAUCUGUUGAUUUUUAAGAAAUGGUUUGUGUGCUCUUUUUUGGAUGCACCUGUCGCUAGUGAAACGAUGCCUCUCUGUGAGCCCAGAUUUAACCCAGGGCGUUGCAGCAUGUUUUUCCAAGGAUGUCCCAUUAGAUAGAUCUUGUAAGAGUGUGUGCCUGCAGCCUUGUGGCAGCUGGAAGUUGCACAGACUGUGCGUCAUGAGGAGGAAAAGCACUUCUGCUCUUCUGCCCCAGAACAGUAUUUACAAAGCUUUGCAGGAUAGCAAGAUUUUUAGAGUCCUUGCAGUGCUUAAUUAGAAGCUAUAAUCUGUUACUUCUAGCAUAUUUUUCCUGUAUUCUGUGCCUUACUUGUCAUCAGUUCAGUUCAGAUUAGUAUGCUGGGUCCUUGAUUUCUUGACAGAAAGUGUCAGAAAGUUAUUGAUGAAGUGUUCUUGAUUUCUAGACAGAACCACAAUCAGAAAAUAAUUGUUUCCUUUUAUCUGAACAGAAGUAGCUUUGUUUUCCUUAUUAUCAAAGUGAUACAUGUAUUCUACAUAAUUUAUAAAAUAGCAGAAAAUUGAAUAAAGGUAGAGAUAAAUUACCUAUGAUCUGGCUGCCCAAAUAUAACCUACCUGUUAACUCAUACUUUUAUGUAUUUUUCCAGACUUUUUUCAAGAAACUAAUUAACUAAUUCCAAAUUUACAAGCAGUGCCCUAGACUGAUUACAUCCUACAAGCUGGUGGCACUUAGGAAUGAUGCCUUUAAGUGUCAUCUUAGAGGACAGUGAUCUCCUUGUUACUUUUUUUUUCUUCCUUCUAAUUAUAUUAAUCAGCUCUUAUAAGAACAGAUAGCUGUGUGGACUCACCAGUAUCUUUAUCAGGUGGAAAUUCCUGUCAACCAGUAUUUUCAUUUCUACCUUCUGUCAGUCAAAAUGAUAGUGAGUGGCCCUGUAAGAUCCUAGUGGGCCUCUGGAAUCAUAAAGGAAGAUUGAGUUAUGUACAAGAUGGCUUUGGUGUUAGGUCAACUGAUUGUGUUCUGAUUAUUUAGAAAUUAGUAAUCACUGUACUAUAAGGCAAUUUGGCAGAAAUGGGAAAGGUUGAGUUAGCCAGAUCUUCCCAUUCCGCAUUCACAAUCCAAACAAUAUGGACUCCAAUCAAAUCCUGAUUUUAUAAUUUUGGUAACAAAAUUUCAUUCAAGUAUAUGCCUUCUUGUGCUGUGAACAGAGUUUUCCUUUAACUUUGCAUCCUUUACCCCCCUUUAAAGAUGCAUCUCUUCCGAUUGCUGUGGUGUGAUUUUAUAGCUCCUUGAGUUUUGCUGGUAUCUCUGUGCUUCCCUUUGGAGAGUACUAGGCCUUCAGGUUAGGAUGAAUCCUAACACUUGGCCAAGGUUAGGAAGGGCUUUGAGCACUGAAAGAAAACCAAGCUAAAAUUUAAGGAAUUGUUAGAAGAUUCAUCUGAGAAAUGUAGAAUUGUAAUCCACAAACUUUAUGUCAGUAGGAUAGGAAGUAUUUAGUAAGCAGCUAGCUGCUAGAAGGGAUUUUGUUUGUUUAAAAAAAAAAAAGAAAAAGUCUGUCUUUGACAUUGGUUAUAUCUAGGUUUUAUCAUCCCGUGUACAGGAUUCUUAAGUUCCUUGAAAGCAGUGACUUUGAGAGCAUCCCUUCAUGUCCUCUGUGUCCUUGUAUGUAAUAGGAACUCAGUGUAUAUUGAAUUAAUAUUUCUGUGGCUCUUCAGUGACAGAUGAAUGAACGUGCUCAAUUCAGGUAACUACAUUUGACCUUUUUCCUACAGUAGUUGAAGGGUGUUUGGGUAGCAUCCGCGAUUGUGUUGAAUGCCCUGCUUGGUUACGGGUGUGGGGAAGUGGUAUACAGUACUUUGAUCCUCCUUUGGAGAAGGAGAUGCUAAUGUGGAUAAUGAGAAUUUGGUUCUUUAUCUUUAGUUUCGAUUUGGCCGCCUUCCUUCACUGAGUCACAGUGCUCACUUGUUUAGUGAUGGGCAUGUCAUUUAAGCCUGAGACUGUCCCUCAGACUGUUUAUGACAUUGGAUCUGAAUUUCCCAUUAGAUGAACAGUCAGCAUUUGUCAUAUAAAUUCAAGAACACACUAAAAGUUUGUUGGCUUUGUAGUUGACAUUGAGAUUAACUUUCUCUAACCUAAACCAGUGAAAACUAAAAUGCUCCUCACCACAUAAAAGUUUUGCUUUCGCUGCGUUCAGACCCCUCCUACCUUGUCACAGCACAGUCAUUUGGAGUCUGAUUUGGGGGCGGUGUGGUUGUCUCAGUGGCGUAUGACCCACUUUGUGUAAUACUUAAUUGCCUGUGUUUUUACAACACAAGUCAGAAGUUCUGGCGAUAGUGGACUAUCACCCAAAAAAGAUUUUCUGAGACAUCUCAUCAGAGCUGCUCGAGUACCGCGCAUGAAGACGGUGUUAGCUCUGCAGCGCAUGUGCUAACUACCAGACGAUGAAAGAACAUUUCCUCUAGUUUCUGGAUAAUGAGCAGGCACACAGGGUGUGAACGGCAUGUCUGUGGAUGAGAAGCCUGACUCCCCCAUGUAUGUGUAUGAGUCCACAGUCCACUGCACCAACAUCCUCCUGGGCCUCAAUGACCAGCGGAAAAAGGAUAUUCUCUGUGACGUGACUUUGAUCGUGGAGAGGAAGGAGUUCCGGGCCCACCGGGCUGUGCUGGCCGCAUGCAGUGAAUACUUUUGGCAGGCGCUGGUUGGACAGACAAAAAAUGAUUUGGUGGUCAGCUUGCCUGAGGAGGUCACGGCCAGGGGCUUUGGGCCGCUGUUACAGUUUGCCUACACUGCCAAGCUGUUACUCAGCAGAGAAAACAUCCGCGAGGUCAUCCGCUGUGCUGAGUUCCUGCGCAUGCACAACCUCGAGGACUCCUGCUUCAGCUUCCUGCAGACCCAGCUCCUGAACAGUGAGGAUGGCCUGUUUGUGUGCCGGAAGGAUGCUGCGUGCCAGCGCCCACACGAGGACUGCGAGAACUCUGCAGGAGAGGAGGAGGAUGAAGAGGAGGAGACGAUGGAUUCAGAGACGGCCAAGAUGGCUUGCCCCAGGGACCAGAUGCUUCCAGAGCCCAUCAGCUUUGAGGCCGCCGCCAUCCCCGUAGCAGAGAAGGAAGAAGCCCUGCUGCCCGAGCCUGACGUGCCCACAGACACCAAGGAGAGCUCAGAAAAGGACGCGUUAACGCAGUACCCCAGAUACAAGAAAUACCAGCUUGCAUGUACCAAGAAUGUCUAUAAUGCAUCAUCACACAGUACCUCAGGUUUUGCAAGCACAUUCCGGGAAGAUAACUCUAGCAACAGCCUCAAGCCGGGGCUUGCCAGGGGGCAGAUUAAAAGUGAGCCGCCCAGUGAAGAGAAUGAGGAAGAGAGCAUCACGCUCUGCCUGUCUGGAGAUGAGCCUGACGCCAAGGACAGAGCGGGGGAUGUCGAGAUGGACCGGAAACAGCCCAGCCCUGCCCCUACCCCCACGGCCCCAGCUGGGGCCGCCUGCCUGGAGAGAUCCAGGAGCGUGGCCUCGCCCUCCUGCUUAAGGUCUCUGUUCAGCAUAACGAAAAGUGUGGAGCUGUCUGGCCUGCCCAGUACGUCUCAGCAGCACUUUGCCAGGAGUGCAGCCUGCCCUUUUGACAAGGGGAUCACUCAGGGUGACCUUAAAACUGACUACACCCCUUUCACAGGGAAUUAUGGACAGCCCCACGUGGGCCAGAAGGAGGUGUCCAACUUCACCAUGGGGUCGCCCCUCAGGGGGCCUGGGUUGGAGGCUCUCUGUAAACAGGAGGGAGAGCUGGACCGGAGGAGCGUGAUCUUCUCCUCCAGCGCUUGUGACCAAGUGAGCACCUCGGUGCAUUCUUAUUCUGGGGUGAGCAGUUUGGACAAAGACCUCUCUGAGCCGGUGCCAAAGGGUCUGUGGGUGGGAGCUGGCCAGUCCCUCCCCAGCUCGCAGGCCUACUCCCACGGUGGGCUGAUGGCCGACCACUUGCCAGGAAGGAUGCGGCCCAACACCAGCUGCCCGGUGCCAAUCAAAGUCUGCCCUCGCUCACCCCCCUUGGAGACCAGGACCAGGACUUCCAGCUCCUGCUCUUCCUAUUCCUACGCGGAGGACGGGAGCGGGGGCUCACCCUGCAGCCUCCCUCUCUGUGAGUUCUCCUCCUCGCCCUGUUCCCAGGGAGCCAGAUUCCUUGCCACAGAACAUCAGGAACCAGGCCUGAUGGGAGAUGGAAUGUACAACCAAGUGCGGCCCCAAAUUAAAUGUGAGCAGUCUUACGGAACCAACUCCAGCGACGAAUCCGGAUCGUUCUCGGAAGCAGACAGUGAGUCGUGUCCUGUGCAGGACAGGGGCCAGGAGGUAAAACUUCCUUUUCCUGUAGAUCAAAUCACAGAUCUUCCAAGGAACGAUUUCCAGAUGAUGAUUAAAAUGCACAAGCUAACCUCAGAACAGUUAGAGUUCAUUCAUGAUGUCCGACGGCGCAGCAAGAACCGCAUCGCAGCCCAGCGCUGCCGCAAGAGGAAACUGGACUGUAUUCAGAAUUUAGAAUGUGAAAUCCGCAAAUUGGUGUGUGAGAAAGAGAAACUGUUGUCAGAGAGGAAUCAACUGAAAGCGUGCAUGGGGGAACUGUUGGACAACUUCUCCUGCCUUUCCCAGGAAGUUUGCCGAGACAUCCAGAGCCCCGAGCAGAUCCAGGCCCUGCAUCGGUAUUGCCCUGUCCUCAGACCCAUGGACUUGCCCACGGCCUCCAGUAUUAACCCUGCGCCCUUGGGUGCUGAGCAGAACAUUGCGGCCUCCCAAUGCGCAGUGGGGGAAAAUGUGCCCUGCUGCUUGGAGCCAGGCGCGGCUCCCCCCGGACCCCCCUGGGCACCCAGCAACACCUCCGAGAAUUGUACCUCUGGGAGGAGACUAGAAGGCACUGACCCGGGAACCUUCUCAGAGAGAGGACCUCCUCUUGAACCCAGGAGCCAAACAGUGACCGUGGACUUCUGCCAGGAAAUGACUGAUAAGUGUACGACUGACGAACAGCCCAGGAAAGAUUAUACCUAGUGACUCGGCUCUGCCUCCCAGUCCGCACACCUCUCCCAUCCAGGCGUUCUUCAGUCAGCCUGUGGCACUGUUCAUCUGCUGUCCCGAAGAAACCGAGAACACAUUUGGUGCACACUACAGCGGUCUUAGCAGCAAUACUGUUCUGAAGUAUUCUCUCCUCUUCUCGAGCAGGAGUGAUAGUUACCUUCACAAUGGUGCUACCCCUUGCCCAGGCAAGGAAAGACAGCAGUGAUGACACUGUCUGUCUGUGGCUCAAUUUCAGUCUUCACAGGG